AUGUUGACUGUUUUCUUCGAUUGUCCUGGUGUUGUGCAUCGCGAAUUCAUUCCAACUGGCCAUACUGUCAACAAAGAAUAUUAUUUCAGCGUUUUGCGUCGUUUGCGUCAAGCAAUUUGUAGAAAACGACCCGAUCUAUGGCGAGAAAAUUCGUGGACUUUGCACGAUAAUGUAGCUGCUCACAAUGCUCUUGUUGUUCUGAAUGUUUGGCCAAAAACUCAAAAAAAUACGAUUCAACAAGCUUCGUAUUCACUCGAUAUAGCAUCGUGUGACUUUUUCCUGUUUCUCCGACUAAAAUUUCGGCUUCGUUGUCACCAUUUUAACUCAAUUGAUGCCAGAAAACAAAAUUUACGCGAGUCCAGAAGGAGUUUUGCAAAAACGGCUCUAAAGAAUGUUUCGAAGAUUGGAAAAAAUGUUGGUAUAAGUGCAGUGGGAGGGAUUACUUUAAAAGAGAACGAAAUAAAUUUUCAUGAAUAA